AUGCAUGCAUCGUGGGAUGUCCACCAAAUGAUGCUGAAACACAUCCUUUGGUACGUCAAGGGAAUGAUGAGCCUCAACAUUCAUCUGCGCGCCACGUCUACACCGACGAUCACUGCAUACUCCGAUGCCGACUGGGCUGGUUUCUCGGACACAUGGUUCUAUAUUAGGGUUCUGUGUCUUCUUGGCAGCCUGCUCAUCUCGUGGUCAUCCAAGCAACAAACCACGGUAUCACGAUUGAGUGCCGAAGCCGAGUACUGCGUCAUUGCCAAUGUUGUCUCUGCAUGCUCUUGGCUGUGCCACCUCCUUAGCGAUCUCCUCUGCAAGGUUCCAUCCGCGACCUUGGCUUUCUAUGACAACAUAUCGUCUGUUUACAUGUCUAGGAACCUGGUCCACCAUUCGCAGACCAAGCACAUUGAGCUUGACAUCCAUUUUGUCUGA